AUGAAAGCCAAUAACUCUAUUAAAUCCCCUCAAAUUAAGUCUCAGCCACAGAUUAACAGUCAGUCAACCCAAUCAGCAGUACCAGGCCCCUCCUCCCAGAGCUCAGAGAAGGCCGGCCACAGUGAGGAUGUGAAGCCUCCAGCACCAGCCAACAGCUCCAGCCCUGCCCACCGGCUCUUCCAGAGGACCCUGAGCCCGGCAGACGUGCUGCACGUCCACAGCUACGCCAAGGGAGACUACAGCGAGGGAGAGACCAAUGAGAGCAAGGAGGAGAUGAGGAGCGAUAGUAGUGAUAGUGAAGGAGAGGAACAGGACGACAGCAAGGUGAGAGGAGCAGAGACGCAGGAGAAGAGGAGGAGUAGAGUCCAAACAUCACGUCACUAAACCUCUGUCUGUAGGAUUUGCUUAGAUUUUUGUUCUGAGGUCAGCUAUGGACAUGUUCAAUGAAUCAGCUCUAAUGAUUCUGUUGUUAACCCCUUUUAUUCCACUAGGGGGCAGAAGAGGGAGCGGGGGAUGACGGCGUGCAAAGCAAACUGGGGAAGCUGCCUCGCCAUCACCCUCUGAUGAAGGACAGCAUGAGUGAUGAGGGUGAAUACAAAUAUUACUUCUUCAUUCACAUAGUUCAGCCCCAGUUAGGCUUCCUCUUCCUAAACAAUGGAUAAGACCUAGGGAAAAGCAGUGUCAGGCAUGUUCUGGCAUGGAAUAGAAAAGCGCAUCAUUCACUCGUAUCGAUGUUUGCAUACUUGAUGGGAUGAUAGUUGUUUGUCUGUGUGUGUUUUUAGAACUGUCUGUUGUUCCAAUAAUUCUGGGGUUUAGAGUAUAUAGCAUGGUGGAGUUGAUUUCCUUCAUGGGCCACUGUCAAUGUUGACAAUUCUGUAAGUCGCUUUGGAUAUGGCAUGUGCUAACGCUAAACAAUGUUUGUUUUGUUGUUGUUGUUUUUAGAGCUGCCAGAGCAGCCUCCAGUAGAGGAGGAUGGGUUAGAGGGAGAGUUGUGGGCCAAGCCCCUCGCCCACCUGUGGCAGAACAGACCCCCCAGCCUGAAGAGAGAGAAGGAGUACAACCGUCGCAUGGGCCUCCAGGUCCCAUACUGCUCCGUAUGCUCAUUGUUCCAGACCUACCAGCGGGUGAGGAGGGAGGAGAGGAGAGUAGAGGAGUGAGCUCACCAGCAGGAGAGGAGGAGACACUCGGCACUCAGACACUUUAGCAGGGGAUUUGGGAAGCUAAAGCUUGUACCCUGUCAGUCAUUAGUCUCAAAGCGAUUCCUAAAGUCAAUUCCUAACGAGAGUAAAGCUCUUAUUAGGUGAUUAUUUUCUUCGCUCAGUCUUAGGAGAAAAGUAGUUGUAUUGCAAUAUACUCAGUACUCUUGAACAGCGAUUGAGGUAUUUCAUGUUUUCUAUACCUAGUCUGAGUUUAGCUGUAUUGCUGUGUAUCUCCAUGGCCAUACCGAGUGCACUGAUGAAGGCAUACACAGAAACCCUUUACUUUUUGAAUUAUAACGUUUUUAUUAAUCGCUUUGGUACUAUUUUCACAAGUACAGUAUGUGGUGAAUUUUCUAAACUCUUAGUACAAAACUCAAAAAUGGUAACACUUGUAACAUAGCCAGUUUUACAUUCAAAACCUUUCAUUUCACAUUCAUUUUGUCUGUAGACAUCUUUCACAACACAACCAUUGAUCCAAAAUAUAACUUUACUGUGAAAUAUACUGAAAAAAUAUAUAAACGCAACAUGCAACAACUUCACAGAUUUUACUGAGUUACAGUUCAUAUAAGGAAAUCAGUCAACUGAAAUGAAUUCAUUAGGGCCUAAUCUAUGGAUUUCACAUAACUGGGCAGGGGGUGCAGCCAUGGGUGGGCCUGGGAGGGCAUAGGUCCACCCACUUGGGAGCCAGGCCCAGCCAAUCAGAAUGAGUUUUUCCCCACAAAAAUACUUUAUUACAGACAGAAGUACUCCUCAGCACCCCCCAUCCCCCCUCAGACGGUCCCACAGGUGAAGAAGUCGGAUGUGUAGGACCUGGGCUGGUGUGGUUACGCGUGGUCUGCGGUUAUGAGAAAUUCUCUAAAGCGACGUUAGAGGCAGCUUAUGGUAGAGAAAUGAACAUUCAAUUCUCUGGCAACAGCUCUGAUGGACAUUCCUACAGUCAGCUUGCCAAUUGCUCGCUCCCUCAAAACUUGAGACAUCUGUGGCAUUGUGUUGUGUGACAAAACCGCACAUCUUAGAGUGGCCUUUUAUUGUCCAAAGCACAAGGUACACCUGUGUAAUGAUCAUGCUGUUUAAUCAGCUUCUUGAUUUGCCACAUGUCAGAUGGAUGGAUUAUCUUGGCAAAGGAGAAAUGCUCACUAACAGGGAUGUAAACAAGUUUGUGCACACAAUUUGAAAGAAAUAAGCUUUUUGUGCAUAUGGAAAAUCUCUGGGAUUUUUUAUUUCAGCUCAUGAAACAUGGGACAAACACUUCACGUGUUGUUUUUUUUGUUCAGUGUAUAAUGAGUACAUUGGUUUAAUCACGAAAACACAAAAUAUCUUCUGAUAUAUUCUCCAGUUAAUCCAAUAGCAAAAAAUGUAAGAUACAGUACAUGUUUCAAAAUUGCCCUUUUGAAUGUAGUAUGCGACAGAAAAUGACAAUACAUUACACUGUUUUCACAUUAGGCAAUACAAUUGCACUUCUCAUUAAAAAUUACUGAACAUCAAAUGUCCAUAAUUUCUAUCCCAUGUGUGAUCAAAGGUAUGAUCAUUGGAGACAUCUUUCACAAUGUAAUCAAAUAAAUGAAAUAAAAUAAUGUUUCGUAGGCACUAGUUUGCAUCAAGGCUGUCUAGCACACCAGAGUUGAGGAUUCGAUUCCAACUGCGGACACAUACAAAAGUGUGUGGACUCUUGUCACUUUGGAUAAAAGUGUCUGCUACAUAAAUAGCAUAUAUUACGGUAUUACAGUACUGUAUUGGCCAAUGCAAUUUUAGUAAAGCAGUGUGAACCUUCCCACAACCCCAAUCAAAAAGACCCCAGUAACUUGAUUUUGGAUACAUGUCUGCUGUAUAGGGGAUGCAUUUCUUUCUUGUUUUAGACUUUCUUUUGCAUGUUGUAUUGAUAGAUUUGUAUUUGAUUUAACCUUUAUUUUAUCAGGGAGUCAUACUGAGACCAAGGUCUCUUUUACAAAUGAGCCCUGAAUUACAUAAAUUACAGAAAAUACACACAUCAAUAUAUAAAUACUAAAGGCAAGCAGAAAGAAAAACAGAGUCAUAAAAAACAAACACAUUCAUCAGUAAUAUGGUCCUCAAUCAGCUUUCUGAAUUGCCCUAGAGGAACCAGAACAUCAAAUUUAAGAACAUUUUGAAGAUUGUUCCACAAAUAAGGUGCAAGAAAACUAAAAGCUGAUUUACCUAACUCGGUUGAGACCAAAGGAAUUUCCAGAGUUAGUCAUCCCUGAGACCAGGUGUGGUAACUCGUAUGUCUAAAGUUUAGUAAUGAUGUUAGGUACAGUGGGACUUUUUGUAAAAGAGCUUUAUGAAUGAAAACCUAGCAAUGUAUCAAGCUACGUGACAUCAAAUAGGGCCAACCAACUUUCUGGUAGAGAAUGCAGUGAUGCUUUUAAUUAAUUGGUGUCUGCAUUCAUAUAGGUGUCUCCAUAGUCUAGGACCGAUAGGAAUGUCGACUGAAUAAUCUGCUUUCUACUAUUUAGCGAGAGGCAGGACCUAUUUAUAUAGAAGAAGCCCAUUUUUAUUCUCAGUUUCUUAACUAACUCAUCAAUAUGCUUUUUAAAACACAGCUUUUCAUCUAUCCAGAUGCCCAGGUAUUUGUAAGCACUGACACGAUGAAUAUGGACACCAUCCAAAGUAGGCUUAAAUCAUCAGACAUAUUUUUAUGCGCUCUAGAGAACAACAUAUACUUAGUUUGACCUGCAUUCAGUAAUAAUUUCAGGUGAAUCAAGUUUUUCUGUAGUACGAUGAAGGCAGACUGUAGUUCAGAUAGAGCCUGGUCAACCGUGGGGGCAAUAGCAUACACAACCGUAUCAUUGGCACACAAGUCAAUAUUGUUCAUGUAAAAAAUCAAAAUACAGGACCCAGAAUCGACCCCUGCGGGACACCUUUCGUAAAAUAUCCAGGAAACCUGAUUCAACACCAUCAGUAGAUAAACAUUGAGUUCUAUCUGUCAAGUAGUUUUUAAACCAGUUACAAUGCAGCCUGAUCUAGGCCAAUUGAGGAAAGCCUCUCAAUUAGCAGUGAGUGAUCAACAAUAUCGAAAGCCAUUGACAGGUCAAUGACGAGGGCAGCACAAUGUUGCCUUUUAUCCAUGCAGUUAACCACAUCAUUUAUAACUAGAGAUGCAGCAGAGAUAGUGUUAUGACCUGGUCUAAAACCUAAACCUAAAAAUUUGGAAAGUAUUCAGACCCCUUGACUUUUUCCAUAUUUUGUUACGUUACAGCCUUAUUCUAAAAUAUAUUAAAUUAUUUAGUUUUCCUCAUCUACACACAAUACCCCAUAAUGACAAAGCAAAAACAGGUUUGUAGAAUUUUUGGUAAUUCUAUUAAAAAUAAGAAACAUACCUUAUUUACACAAGUAUUCAGACCCUUUUGCUAUGAGACUCGAAAUUGAGCUCCGGUGCAUCCUGUUUCCAUUGAUCAUCCUUGAGAUGUUUUUCAACUUGAUUGGAGUCCACCUGUGGUAAAUUCAAUGGAUUUGGAAAGGCACACACCUGUCUAUCUAAGGUCCUACAGUUGACAGUGCAUUUCAGAGCAAAAACCAAGCCAUGAGGUCGAAGGAAUUGUCCGUAGAGCUCCGAGACAGGAUUGUGUCGAGGCACAGAUCUGGGGAAGGGUACCAAAAACGUUCUGCAGCAUUGAAGGUCCCCAAGAACACAGUGGCCUCCAUCAUUCUUAAAUGGAAGAAGUUUGGAACCACUAAGACUCUUCCCUGAGCUGGCCGCCUGGCCAAACUGAGCAAUCGGGGGAGAAUGACCUUGGUCAGGGAGGUGACCAAGAACCUGAUGGUCACUCUGACAGAGCUCCAGAGUUCCUCUGUGGAGAUGGGAGAACCUUCCAGAAAGACAACCAUCUCUGCAGCACUCCACCAAUCAGGCCUUUUAUGGUAGAGUGGCCAGACGGAAGCCACGCCUCAGUAAAAGGCACAUGACAGCAUGCUUGGAGUUUGCCAAAAGGCACCUAAAGGACUCUCAGACCAUGAGAAACAAGAUUCUCCUGUCUGAUGAAACCAAUAUUGAACUCUUUGGCCUGAAUGCCAAGCGUCACGUCCUUUUGUUACAUACAGUACAUCUCUGAUCUUGUCAAUAUCAGAUUUUUUUUGUACUUACUUUGAAGUAAAAUCAAAUGUCAUCAUCAUAGUAGUACAUUCAAGUAUAUAUCAUACUUUUUAUGUUUCUACUUUACAGACAUAAUGUACAUUUUCAUGAUGUAGUCCUCCAAAUCUGUACAGUCGUGGUCAAAAGUUUUGUGAAUGACACAAGUAUUGGUCUUCACAAAGUUCGCUGCUUCAGUGUUAUGAGAUAUUUUUGUCAGAUGUUACUAUGGUAUACUGAAGUAUAAUUACAAGCAUCCCAUAAGUGUCAAAGGCUUUUAUUGACAAUUACAUUACGUUUAUGCAAAGAGUCAAUAUUUGCAGUGUUGACCCUUCUUUUUCAAGACCUCUGCAAUCCGCCCUGGCAUGCUGUCAAUUAACUUCUGGGCCACAUCCUGACUGAUGGCAGCCCAUUCUUGCAUAAUCAAUGCUUGGAGUUUGUCAGAAUUUGUGGGUUUUUGUUUGUCCACCCGCCUCUUGAGGAUCGACCACAAGUUCUCAAUGGGAUUAAGGUCUGGGGAGUUUCCUGGCCAUGGACCCAAAAUGUCUAUGUUUUGUUCCCCGAGCCACUUAGUUAUCACUUUUGCCUUAUGAUAAGGUGCUCCAUCAUGCUGGAACAGGCAUUGGUCGUCACCAAACUGUUCUUGGAUGGUUGGGAGAAGUUGCUCUCGGAGGAUGUGUUGGUAUCAUUCUUUAUUCAUGGCUGUGUUCUUAGGCAAAAUUGUGAGUGAGCCCACUCCCUUGGCUGAGAAGCAACCCCACACAUGAAUGGUCUCAGGAUGCUUUACUUUUGGCAUGACACAGGACUGAUGGUAGCUCUCACCUUGUCUUCUCCGGACAAGCUGUUUGCUGGAUGCCCCAAACAAUCGGAAAGGGGAUUCAUCAGAGAAAAUGACUUUACCCCAGUCCUCAGCAGUCCAAUCCCUGUACCUUUUGCAGAAUAUCAGUCUGUCCCUGAUGUUUUUCCUGGAGAGAAGUGGCUUCUUUGCUGCCCUUCUUGACACCAGGCCAUCCUCCAAAAGUAUUUGCCUCACUGUGCGUGCAGAUGCACUCACACCUGCCUGCUGUCAUUCCUGAGCAAGCUCUGCACUGGUGGUGCCCCGAUCCCGCAGCUGAAUCAACUUUAGGAGACAGUCCUGGCGCUUGCUGGACUUUCGUGGGCGCCUUGACACCUUCUUCACAACAAUUGAACCUCUCUCCUUGAAGUUCUUGAUGAUCCGAUAAAUGGUUGAUUUAGGUGCAAUCUUACUAGCAGCAAUAUCCUUGCCUGUGAAGCCCUUUUUGUACAAAGCAAUGAGGUAACCAUGGUUAACAGAGGAAGAACAAUGAUUUCAAGCACCACCCUCCUUUUAAAGCUUCCAGUCUGUUAUUCUAACUCAAUCAGCAUGACAGAGUGAUCUCCAGCCUUGUCCUCGUCAACACUCUCACCUGUGUUAACGAGAGAAUCACUGACACGAUGUCAGCUGGUCCUUUUGUGGCAGGGCUGAAAUGCAGUGGAAAUGUUUUUUUGGGAUUAAGUUCAUUUUCAUGGCAAAGAGGGACUUUGCAAUUAAUUGCAAUUCUUCUGAUCACUCUUCAUGACAUUCUGGAGUAUAUACAAAUUGCCAUCAUCAAAACUGAGACAGCAGACUUUGUGAAAAUUUUGUAUUUGUGUCAUUCUCAAAACUUUUGACCACGACUGUAGUAGACAAACCAGUUGACAUGUAAAAUCUAUAGGUUUACCGAACGUUUAAGUGAUCAUCAAUUAAGAGCAGUCAGAUUAAGUAAUAGUGAAAUUUAGUUGUACAAAAGAAGAGAAUCAUAUAAAAAGUAAUCAUAUAAAAGUAAUUGUGAAUUAUGUAUUUCUAGAUGGUGAAAAAUGGACUAUGAUUUUGUCAUACUUAGUCAAUUGAAAAUGUGGUUAGUUUUGAAACAACUGCCUUUGUGAUGAUAUGUUGUGAAAAUUGCACCAAAGUGAUAAAAAAAAAAAAAAAACGUUGAAAAUAAAUAAUAUAUUUUUUAAGUGAUUCUCCAUUGUCCUCCCAAGAGGUGCUAAAUAUGAUUGUUUCAUCUCCAGACGGAGUGUGCUGAUGUCUGUAAGGACACUCCAGUGGUGUUGCCUGGAGGCAGACUGAGGACUAAGCCUCUGAUCGCUGAGAUGUGUUUCACUACCACCACCGAGCCAGAGGAGGGUGCUGAGGAGCAGGCGCUUGGAGCCCCGGCGCCCACCACCCCUCACCUGGAGCCAGACGGCACCAGCCUGCUCAUCAGCUGCUCCCACUGCAGUGUCCGCAUACAUACCAGUCAGUACUACUAA